CCGUCACGCCUGGCGGCUCCAGCGGGAGGCUCUGCGCUCGCUCCCUCCCGCAGCCGGCUUCAGGAGGAGGCGGCAGGGAAGGAGGGAGCGGCAGCGGCUCGCAGCCCGCCCGGGCCCUCCGGUUCUUGGCCUCUUCCUGCUGGUGUCCAACACACAAUAGAUUUUCCAAAUAGUGUUCAGCAGUUGACUGCAGUAGAACAGAUACAAGAUGGAGGAAUCAUACAAAGACAGGACUUCAUUAGUGAAAGGCGCAAAAGAUAUUGCCAAAGAGGUAAAGAGACAAGCUGUGAAAAAAGUGAAUAAAGCUGUUGACAAAGCUCAGGAUGGCUACACACAGAGGUCCUACAGUCGAUUCCAGGACGAGGAAGAUGAUGAUGAUUACUAUGUCCAAGGAGGAAAUUAUGGUGUGGAAGCUAAUGAUGAUGAAGGAUCAAGUGAAGCAACUGAAGGGCACGAUGAAGAUGAUGAAAUUUAUGAAGGGGAGUAUCAGGGAAUCCCCAACAUGGGGCAGGGCAAAGAUGGCAUGGUGGCCUUAGGGCAACCUGUGCGUGAUGAGUAUAAAGAUCGUCAUGAACUGGAAACAGAAAGGAAAGCUGAUGAAGAAGAAUUAGCACAGCAGUACGAACUGAUAAUACAAGAAUGUGGCCAUGGUCGAUUCCAGUGGGCCCUGUUUUUUGUUUUGGGAAUGGCUCUAAUGGCUGAUGGAGUGGAAGUUUUUGUGGUUGGAUUUGUGUUGCCCAGUGCUGAGACAGAUAUGUGUAUACCCAAUUCUGGAUCAGGAUGGCUUGGUAGCAUAGUGUACCUUGGGAUGAUGGUGGGGGCAUUCUUCUGGGGAGGCUUGGCAGACAAGGUGGGAAGGAGACAGUCACUCCUGAUAUGCAUGUCUAUCAAUGGAUUCUUUGCCUUCCUUUCAUCAUUUGUCCAGGGGUAUGGCUUCUUCCUCUUCUGUCGUUUGUUUUCUGGAUUUGGGAUUGGUGGAGCUGUGCCAACAGUCUUCUCCUAUUUUUCGGAAGUGCUUGCUCGGGAGAAACGAGGAGAACACCUGAGUUGGCUCUGUAUGUUUUGGAUGAUUGGCGGUAUCUAUGCUUCUGCAAUGGCUUGGGCAAUCAUUCCUCAUUAUGGAUGGAGUUUCAGCAUGGGAUCUGCUUAUCAGUUUCACAGUUGGAGAGUAUUUGUGAUCGUCUGUGCAUUGCCCUGUGUCUCUUCUGUGGUAGCCCUCACCUUUAUGCCAGAAAGUCCACGGUUCUUGCUGGAGAUUGGAAAACACGAUGAAGCUUGGAUGAUACUCAAGCAAAUUCAUGACACAAACAUGCGAGCUCGUGGUCAGCCUGAGAAAGUCUUCACAGUUAACCGAAUUAAAACUCCGAAGCAGAUAGAUGAGCUCAUAGAAAUAGAGAGUGAUACAGGAACUUGGUACAGGAGGUGUUUUGUUAGAAUUCGCACAGAGCUAUAUGGUAUUUGGUUGACUUUCAUGAGAUGCUUCAACUACCCGGUAAAGGACAAUACAGUCAAGCUCACAAUUGUGUGGUUCACCCUGUCUUUUGGCUACAAUGGCUUAUCUGUCUGGUUUCCUGAUGUCAUUAAACACCUUCAAUCAGAUGAGUAUGCAUCCCGAGUGAAACUUUUCCGCAACGAGGAGGUUUCAAAUUUUGUCUUCAACUUUACACUGGAAAAUCAAAUUCAUAGCAGCGGAGAAUACAUCAAUGACAGGUUUGUCAUGAUGAAGUUUAAAUCAGUAACCUUUGAAGAUUCACUUUUUAAGAACUGUGUGUUUGAAGACAUAACUUCCCUGAAUACAUACUUCAGGAACUGCACUUUUGUGAAUACCACCUUCUACAACACAGAUCUCGAGCAAUAUAAAUUUGUUGACAGUGAUUUUAUAAAUUGCACAUUUUUUCACAUCAGGACAGGAUGCCAGAUUUCCUUUGAUGAUGACUACAGUGCCUACUGGAUUUAUUUUGUUAAUUUUCUGGGAACGUUGGCAGUGUUACCAGGGAACAUUGUUUCUGCUCUUCUGAUGGAUAGAAUUGGACGUUUAACAAUGCUAGGUGGUUCCAUGGUUCUCUCUGGCAUAAGCUGUUUCUUUCUGUGGUUUGGGACCAGUGAAUCCAUGAUGAUAGGUAUGUUGUGCCUCUAUAACGGCCUCACCAUCUCAGCCUGGAACUCUCUUGAUGUCAUUACUGUAGAGCUGUAUCCUACAGACAGAAGGGCAACCGGCUUUGGCUUUUUGAAUGCACUAUGCAAAGCAGCAGCUGUACUUGGAAACUUGAUAUUUGGUUCCCUUGUUGGUAUCACCAAAGCAAUCCCUAUUCUCCUUGCUUCUACUGUUCUAGUAUGUGGAGGUCUGGUAGGACUUCGACUUCCUGACACAAGAACCCAGGUGUUAAUGUAACAGGGAGAAGCCAUUUUCUGUUUCUUUUUUCUUUGUACAAAUGUCAGGUCUCCUGUUUGGUGGUGCAAAGGCUUCAGAUUAUUAGUGCUUGGUUGAGUAUUCGGAUGGCAGAAACCAAACACAGGUGUGUGGAGUAGCAGAAAUCUAAAGACAAUUCUGAAAAUUUUAGAUUUCUCAUUCAAUUGCUUGCAUAUUUUGCUAUUUAGAACUAUUUCACUUCAAACAGCAAGGCUACCUCCAAAAACUUCCAAUGAAAUGUCCAGGAAGAUAAGAAACAUAUUGAUAAUUUGAUAUUUAAAAUGCAAACAGUCAUAUUUCUUAAAAACACAUGCUAAAUUUGGCCAUGGCCCUAUGAGCUCUUGUAGCAGUGAAGCCAUGCAAAUCAAUUACUUGAGAAUGAUAUGUGUAUCAAUGCAUGCAGCAGCAAUCAGGAAUCUGUGCAGAGUACAUUGGUACUGAAAAUGCUGACCUUCAAUAGCCAAGUUUAUUAAUAAAAAUUUCUACAUUUUAAGCCGGAGGCUUGGACAAAAGCGUCAGUGGCUCUUCAUUGGCAAACAGCUUUAUGUCGAUUCAAUCUAAAGCAAAGCUUACCAUCUAUACCCCAUAUUUGUUGAGAAGAAGGCAGCAGCUGUUGUGGGGAGAUGAAAGGCCUAACGUGACUUAGGAUAAUGAGAUUAAUAAAAUAAGCACUUUCACUCUUCUCUGCUAGUCCUCCAGAAAAAAAUAAAUAAAUAAAUAAAUAAAAAUAAAAAGAAAGAAAAAAAAGUUUUCUUCUAAUUUGUGGCAUCUGCAGUAUUUUUUCCAUUUUAAAACAGAGAAUGCAUCUGAUUGAGUGAGGUGACUCAAUGCAAAAAACAUUAUUUACGCUAUUGAAUCGUAGAAUCAUAGAAUCACAAGGUUGAAUCACAAGGACCUACAGGAUCAUCUAGUCCAACCAUGCAAGUAUGCAUCAAACCAUGCAAAUGUUGCACCAAACCGUGCAAGUAUGAAUCAAAGAAAAAUCAAACCAAUGAAUUGGAAAAAGAGCAAGAUACUGUCAGAAAAACUUAUUUGGUAUUUACAUUUUUCUUUGGAAUUUACACUUCAAAUACAAGUUUCUUUGUCAGAGAAUACCACCUACUAAAUUUAGUCAGGUCAUAACUUCAGGGUAAUCUGAUUAAAAUCUCUCAAAACAUUUUUGUAAAAUAUUAAAACAAAGAAAAGCAAUAAUAAAAACACCUGAAUUAAUUUCAUAGCUUAUACCCUCCUUCAUAUAACCAUAUACUCAUGAUUUUUAAUAUCCUAGAGAUACAUCAGUGUAUAAUGAUAAUAUCUCCCUGAAAUGCCGUUAAGAAAAAAACAGUGUCAAGUCUGCAGGGAUUGGUCAUAAGACAAAAUGUAAGUAUGGCAAAUAAAUGCUAACAAAAAAGUUCCUCAUAAGCCAUAUGCUAUGAAUUGUUUCAGACUGCAAUAAAACCAUCCCCACCAGUUCUGCUGCCCUGUAAAACGCUAUCAGAUCUCUUUAAAAUGUUAGCAUUCAAAUUAAAUGUAGAUACAGUGGACAAAGGGAGCACAUUCCCCUGAUGACAGAAACUGGCUUUACUUUCAGUGAAGCUAUGACCUAGCUGUAUUUUUAAUUUCCAUAGAAUAACUUUCAUGUAAAUCAUAAGGGAAAAUUUAUCAGUGCUUUUUCUAAUUAUGUCUCACUACUUUCAUUAGGUGACUGAAUCACUGCCAAAGAAAUUAGGCUUUCAGAUAAGGUCUGUAUAGUAAACUAGAUUUUUCAUGAUUUUUUCUUCCUCCUAUGCAGGAAGUAGUAGUAUUUAUCCCUGCAUUUUGUCAAUUGUCAUCUUAGUUAUUUUGAAAAAGUAAGUAGAAGAUGGUAAAAACGUCCAAGACCAUCUAUCACGUUUAAAGUUUACUGCUUGAUUUACAGAAUAUGGAAGUUUCAGUUUUGAAUAAAUUCCUCUGUGUUGUAACACCAUAAGAUGAACCCAAGAUGGGGUUUCCGCUGUUAACAAAUGACUAAAGUGACUAAAUUAAAAAAGCAACUGAAAACUAGUGGCCAUUUUUUUUUAUGUUGAUAAUUAAAAUACUGUAUAUCAAGAAUUUUAGUAAGUUUAUUUCACAAUAUAAACAGUCCAAAUGCCCAAGAUAAAAUAUUUUAUAAUUAAAUCUUAUUUUAACAUGUCUUUUAAAUUUCUAAACAUAUUUCAAAAAAGGAAGAAUUGUGUUUCAUAAAGGUAAGAAUAAAAGUCUGGCCUUAGAUUAGCAUCUGUGGCUUUUGUCCACUAGACGGAAUCCUUACAGCACUUCAAGUCUAUCCUUCCUCAUAAGAAUUAUAUUUGCUUUUGGCUGUAUUUCUCUGUGCCAUUCAUUAGUUACAUGUGCCCACUUCCUUGUAUUUACUCUACAUCUUAUUUGAAAUCUGAAGCCUUUGUACAUGUCUGGAAUGAACCUCAACAGCAGUGAUAAAAAAUUACAUUGUUUUAUUCUGCACUGAACUCUUCAAAUUCUGUCCAACUGUAUGUAACACUGAAGAACAUCCUGACCGUACCAUAUGAUAACUGUGAAGGAAAUGGGCCAUAGGAAAAUAACAUUCAACUUUCAAGGUUCUGGUUAAACACUAAUACACUGAAAUCUCAUCACUUUAGAAAGUAUGCUGUUUGCAGUGCUGAUUCUUGUCCUAAACCUUAGCCACAUAAUGAGUAUAUAAUUUAGUCUGAAUUUAAUGAAGUGAGCAGCCUGAGAUCCUGUUUGGAACAUAUUAAUAGCAGGGAUAAGACAAAGAAAGUAACCAACACAUGGACCUUGCUUGGUCCAGGAUUAGAGUGAUUGAUCUGAAGUAGGAAAAUGAAAAAGGAGAACAAUAUGUAGAAGAAAGGUGAAAAAGUAAGCAAAAGAGAAAAAUUAUGCAAAAGUCCACAAAUAUUUCCAACAUACUAAACAAAACCUGAAGCUGGAAUCUUCCUAGCUGGUGAGCCAGUUGGCUCAAGAUUGUUGAAACUGUGUGUGAGCCAGCAUGACAGCUGUUUGCACAAUCAAGUGGUUUGGUCUUGAAUGCAGUGGAGAUCUACUCCAUGAAGACAAAAUGAGUUAAUGCCAUUUCAAACUACGAGUACUUGAUUACAUACUUAUAAUCAACAGUUUGGAAUGGGAAAAAAUGAUCUGGAUGCAAAUGUUAUUUAGGUUAUACACUGAACUUAUUUGUCUUGUCUUUAGUGAAUUUUUCUCUUUUGCAGCUUCCAAAGUGAUCUCAGGUAAUAAAUAUUGGACAGUAUGAAUUUUGCUUUCUUUCUAACCCCAUUCAUUUAUAUCUCAUGCAAAGGGUCACGUAAUGGUCUGUGUAGAAUCCUGAUAAACCUAUAAUUAAGAGGUCAUGUGCAUAUACUUUCAAAACAGAAUAGAAUACCAUAAUGGUCACUGUUUUUAAUUGUGAAAACACCAGCAAAAUAGACUGAAUGCAUUGAUUUUUGCCAGAUAUAUUUUACUUAUGUUAGUUUUUACUCAUGGCAAGUUGACAGAAAAGCUUAACAUAGCAGACUCCUUUUUCUUGAAAGCAUGUUAUUCGUUGUGUUUGUACAUUUUAACCAGGCUGAAUAUAGUCAUGUCAUUUAGAAGCAAGCAUUACAAUAUAUUUCAUUGACUGCUGAGUACAGACUCCUAACAAUGGAACUAGCUAGGAGUACGUUCUUACGGUCGCCUUCCUUCCUGCUUGAAUUUAGCUGGUAACCUUCCAAAAGUGUGUUCUAGAAUUUUAGCCAGUGAUAAAGCAUUAGACCUCGUUCCUGAUGGGUACACUAGUCCACUAUCCUCUUAGGAAAGUAGAGCAUCAUAUGGCUGCUAAGUCAGUUCUUGCUCUUUCUUCUCAUAUAAUUUGAUUCCUUUCAUCCCGAAUUGUUUUUCUUACUAGAGCACCAACUUUAAAGAAUUAAAACCCACUGCUCAUGCUCUCAAUUGCUUCUGACUUUUUGGUAACAUUCAGUAACAUAGUUUGACACACAGCUUUGGAAUUUUAAACUAAGAUGGAAAAUGAAGUCCUUCUGAAAAUCUCACUUUUUUGAAGGAACAAGACUACAUAUUUCUCUAGAUAUCUCUCCGAGACCUACAACAUAUGGUUACCUAUUGCAGACCAGCAUCUCCAGAGAUGAUUUAAGAUCAAAUUGAAAAAAGCAGUCAGCAGUUUCUUCUUUCUGAUGUACUAAGUCACUGCAUUAAAGCAUGAAUGAGCAUGAAGAUCUAUGUAAUAAUCUCACGAUACUACAGUAGUUUUAAAUAUUGAAGGAGCAGGAAGGAGCAGGAUAUUCACCAUGGCAACAAAAAUAAAGAAUGCAGGUAGCAGUAAUUGAUUUUUAAAAAUUUAGCAUCCUUGGUUAAGAAUUAGAAGAAAUCAUGAGGCUGGUUUCAGCACACAGAUUAAUUGCAGGCUGAAUGAGAGUAAGUGAAAGUAGAAGAGACCUGCAGGCAGUUUUACCAGUUGAUGAUUUCUGUUUAAUUCAAGUCCUGAGUAGAAUUUCAGAUGUACUGACUGUGCUAAUUUCACAUCAUCACUUGAUCCCUCUCUUGCCUCCAAACUGUAUGCAAAAGCCUGCCUUUUCAUGCUGUGUUUUCUUUACAAAGAACACUGAAGACUACUAAUUCAGGCAAAUAACUCAAUAUUUUACAGUGAGGUUAAUGAACAAGAAGGCAGGAAAUGCAGAGGAAAAACAGUCUUUCAAACUUAUUUGAUUCUGGAGCAUGGUUACUGAACAUAUGUUUUCUUUCAAGACUCCGGAGGAAAUGGAGCAUUUCUGUUCUCACUUCUUGUGUCUUUAACCCCCUGAGUGCAAGGAUUCAUUUUUAAUCUUCUGAUUGAAUUUGCAAUUACAUUGCCAGGUUACCAAGUAGGAAACAUGGGUUAUAGCUUGUAUUAGCAUGGUAAUGUCUUGUUUAGGUAAAGAGGUAUGACUGGAUGUAAACAUCUCUUUCUGACUAACAAAGAUCUUUUUAAAACUUAAUGGUAGGAAAGAGAGAUAAAGUCCAGCACAUAGACUUAUACUGUCUAUAUAGGGAACUGAGGGCUAUGCCAUAUUUCUAAGAACAGGAAUCAGAAGUAGUGCCUCAAGAGCAGGUGUAGACUCCAUCACUGUAGAAGAAUUAAAAAUCAGAGCAUAAUUUCCUCCAAGUGGAGCUUAGCUAAGUGCAGGAACACGGAGAUUUGUCUGUAUUUCCACUCACUGCACUGCCAGAGCAGCAGGAUGUAAAUAAGGUCCAUUCUGAGAGCUCUUCUUUCUAUUAGUUCAUCCUCCAGUUAUCUGUGAAUUCUGUUUAGGUCUGGUUUACACAUUAAAAAGCUGAUACUUCAGAAGAUGAUGGGGCAGAAAAAUAGUGGAAUCAAAUUGAAUACCAAGAAUCAGUAGGGAGAUUUGAAGUCUUGGAGUUCAGUUAUUUUUAUUUUUUGCAGCUGUUUUCUUUAAAGCCUACCUGCAGCUUUAUAAUACAGUUGUACUGAAUUAUUACACCACUGGAGGUGAAUACAUAUACAGGCACAUGUGUGUCUGUGUGAGGAUACAUGCAUACAGACACACACAACACAGGUUGAUGUAGGAUCUAAGCAUUACUUUCUGCAUUAUGCAUUAUUCUUGGAGCACAAAUACCAUUCUGUUCAUUUCCUUGUGCAAAACCCUUUGCUUAUCCAUGCACAACAUUAAUCGUAAAUGCCAAGAUGCAUCUCAGUUGGGCUUUAGUUUUCUGCCACUGGAGGAGAAAUGAUCUGAAAAGUAAGGUUUGACUUAGCUGUAGCCUUCCACCAGCCACACUGUGCCAAACAGUGAGACAAUGCACCGUACAGAGGAACUGGUCUUGUUUCAGUGACUAGGAGAAACUCUCAGAUAUAUAAGCGCUUUGAGUUUUGUCUUAUUCGAAUAAAAGUCUUAACAAACUUAAUGGGGAUCUUAACAUGUUAACUUCUGUGUAACAUAUGAGAAAAUGUCUGUGUCUUCCUGUACUGUAUGCUUUUCAUUGUUCCUGCAUACAUGCCUGAUGUUGUUAUAGUAAUGUGGUUAUUCUAUUGUUUACUGUUGUUCUUAUCAGCAAUCUUUGACCAGCCUGGAACAGAGCCAUUGCCAGGUUUCUUUCAUUUAAUGAUUAACAUCCCCAGAGAUCUACUACAAUAGCAUUGCAGUAUAAAUUAAUUCCAGCUACCACCUGAGUAAAUCCAGACUGAAAACUGCAGCAUAUGUGCACACACAUUGACACAGAGCUGUGAGAGUGGGGAGAGCUCUGUCAAAAGCUCUGUCAUACACUGCAUUACUCCUUCCCAGUUUUCAGAAUUCUCACUCUGCCUUCUGCUUCUAUGCACAUGUUCUAUAGAACUAAAAAACCUCUAGAGGAAAAUGAAUAUUCCUUUCAGUGGACUUAAAAAUGUGCAGUUGCCAUAGGGAAGCUAACUGCUUUAAUAGUGAGACAAAAACGGCACUGUUUCAAAAAGCAAACAUAUUAAAUACUUAAUUGUGUAUAUUGGCAUGUGGGAGUUUAUGUUGAUGUAAGAGAAAUGAGUUCAUCUAGCCCUUUUUAAUAAACAUGCAUAAAACUAUUCAUGUUUUAAAAGCCUAGCUUUUCCCUGUGAGUGCAGUGUUCCCCCAAAAAUAACAGUACUUUUAAUAGCAUCCAGUGGUGCAUGUCUAAUGUGUCAAAUAACUUAUUUCAGCCAUUUUUCAAAGAAUGUGAUAAUAAAAUUUCCCAGUAAAUCUUUCCAUUAAUAGAUAUUUUGCUCUCAAAUGCUUAAAAUGUUGACAUCAAAAUUAUGUCCCUUACUUGGGACAUACGUGUCAUUUUACUCUAUGUUUUCUUUUGAGAGUGCAGUUUUCUCUGCAAAAUAUAAUACUGCAAAAGUCAGGCAUUAAAGAAGAUCUCUUAUAUUGGUGUAACGUGUUGGCAUUGUAAGGUUAUUGAUUUUCUUUAAAACUUGUCAGCAUCCCCUAAUGCUGAACAACAGAAGGGAAAAGUGUAGUUUUUCUUUUUCUUUUUCUUUUUUUUUGUGUGUGUGUGUGUAUGUGUGUGAGCUAUUUCCUCCUCCCAAUUUCUCCUACCAACCUUUCACCCAAAUUGCCAUUUGGGAAUACAAUUUUUCAAGCUGUUUCUAGCAUACAGUAGUUCAGGUGUGCUAGUAUGCCUAUGUCAUCAAGAAAUUCAUAACCAUUUCUGACAUUUUCAAUUUCUUUACUUGAGAAACCAUGUAGAUAUUGUGUAUAUGGUAAUGGGGUAUUUUGGAGUUGAAUUCCCAUUUACAAGUUUAAUUUCAUAGGUAUAAUUUACAUCAAGAUCUUGGCAAUGGUCCUGGCCUCUGGUUUUUAAUUUCUUUUUUCUUUCCUGCUAUGUGUGAUCUUCUGUGAUGCAGGGUACAGUCAUCACUAUUGUACAUAUGUGUUUGCAUGUGUGCGCAUUGAUAAACUCUCUUUUGGAGUUCCAAAUUUUUCCUUUUAAGUCCAGAUGGUACACUUGUGAACUCAUCUUUCCAGUAUACUCCUCUGUGUCAGAUCGCCAACUACCAAAAUGUUUGACCAAGUGUUUUUAUUAAGUACACUGAGGAAAGUUGUAUGUAUACUUGUGAAAGGGCAUGCUGUGUAGCAUGACUGUGUACAGUAUAAAUCUAUAAAACGUGGAAGUGUUUAUAAAUUUAUCUGCCAAAUAUUUAUCAUCCAUGUAACAAAUGCGAAGUUAUUUAGUGUACAUCAGAUUAAUAAAGGGGCAUUUUUUGCUCUACUAUAUUCAAAUAAA